GGGGGGGGACACACAUUGAUUGGAGGUGUCACCAACCCCCCCUACCCUGCUCCCCAAGGUGUUCACCACGUGCAGAGGAAGGACAUUGCCCUGAAGUGGGAACUGGGAGAAGGUGCCUUUGGGAAGGUGUUUCUGGCCGAGUGUUCCAACCUCCUCCCAGAGCAGGAGAAGACCUUGGUGGCCGUGAAGGCUCUGAAGGAGGGGACAGAAAGUGCCAGGUUGGAUUUCCAGCGGGAGGCAGAACUUCUGACCGUGCUCCAACACCAGCACAUUGUCAAGUUCUACGGGGUCUGCACGGAGGGGGAGCCCCUCCUGAUGGUCUUCGAGUACAUGAAGCACGGGGACCUCAACAGGUUCCUCAG